AUGGCAUCCUUUCUUACUGGUCUCAGUGCUGCCUUCGCUGGUGAUCCUGUGAAAGCGCUGCGGCUCAAGAAGAUGUGUGACUGUGUGUGGCCGGAGCCUGAAGGUGGCCGGAGCCUGAAGUACACUCACUGGCGAGCCGGGUGCAGUGUUGCCGCCUUCCAUGAUGAAUCUGAGCGCUGUGGCCGCUACCUGGAUGGCGAUGUGCACCAUGCAGAAAGUCGCUGCAAGCUGGUGCUGAGGACCCCGGCUGGCGCCGGUGAGCUCGUUGAAGAGCUCGAGGAGGAAAAAAAUGUGAUGGGAGGUCGAGCGCAGUGGUCGGUGGUUUUGGGCGACCAACGAAUCGAAGAGCUCUUCGAGCAGAUCUCGCGGGCCUUUGGGGAGGCCUUGGAGGACACCUUGAAACGUGGCCGAAGCAGUGGAACGAUUGAGCUAAGACCUCAGAUGGGGCACACCAUGGUGGACUUCCACUGGAAGGACUUGUUAAGCCCCAUGUCGGGCGGCUGGUGGAAGACUGGCACCGAGAUUUUCCAGGGCCUGCAGCUCCUGUUCCAGCGGAAGUCCGCACAAGGCAAAGACUUCGAGGGACUAGGACUUUGGGACUUUGCCGAUCCGAAGCUGGUGCUGGGCUUCGCGGUGGCGGUGCCACGGUACCUUCUCUCCACCGCACUCAAGGCACCGAAACUGAUUUUGUACAUUGUGGUCCUCUUCGGACUGGCCGAGUUGAGCCAGUUCUUGGGCAUACUGGGUGAUCUGAUUUUCCUGGCCAUAGAAUUGGUCUUCUUGCGGCUGAUCCUUUGUGUCUUGCUGCGCGAUCGCGACCUGGUCCUGGCGCGCUCCAUCCGCCAGACCUGCGGCGCGACCGGUUCCGCCGGUUCCGUCGUGGCGGUGCUGGGUGCAGCGCACUGCAACGGCGUGAAGCGGCACUUGUUGUCCACACAGAAGGAGAUGGCUGAAGCUGAAGCUGUGAGGUGA